AUGUCGCCGCCGACCAAGAGGAAGGUGGAGUUGAUCAUGGAUGAUGGCCAAGAUUAUGAUGAAGCGUACGAGUCUUGGAGAUUGUCGGAAAUUAGGAGGGAGAAGCGGAUGCGGGAGGAGCGCGCCGAGGGGGCCAAGACGAUGUUCGAGUUUUUUAGUUGUUUUCAUGUUAUGCUGUACUACCUUCACCUUGCACAGCAGUGUGAAAGUGUCGAUCGUGUAUAA